GUUCGACCUGAUGCUGGAGGGCGCGAAGACGCUGGAGAUUCGGCAUCAGCGCCAAAUCGGGAAGCGGCUCGUGGGCGAGAAGGGCCGGAUCUGGGGCAGCGUGACGCUCGGCGAGGACCCCUUCCAGAUCAUGAGCGACGCCGAGUGGAACGAGCUGCGCCCGAGGCACAGGUGGCCUGCCGAGAAAGUGCAUCUGCCUUACGCGAAGACGUGGGCAAUGACCGUGAAGGACGUCACGCUGUUCAGCUCCACUAUCAGGUACCUCAUGAUCGAAGGCCAGGAAGGCACGGCGACUUACCGGGCAGUCCCAGACGGCUGGGAUCCUGACGGGAGGUACAAGAAGGCCGACUACGAGAGGUACAUGAUCGACCAAGGCCACCCCGCGGGCAAGGGCAGAGGGGCGCAGAAGAGGCGCGCGGCGGCAUCUGGCACCGCGCGGAAGCGACCCGCGGCAGCUAUGGACGAGGCCGAUGCAGCCGCCGCCGUUGCCCCGCCUCGGCAGCCACACCUGAACGUGCCCGUGCCGCCAGACGGGAGGUGCCUCUCCUACUGCGCGCUCGCCGCCCGCGACACGCGGGCGUGGAUGCGUCAGAGGGACGCCAACGGCUUCAUCCACGGUGACCCCGACAGGGAGGCGAGCGAGCGCGAGAAGGCCAAGGCGCUCGUGGACAGGAUCAUUGGCGCCAUGGAGGACGACGGCCUGCACCAGAUGGCCGCGCGCCUGCGGUUGGCGGGGGACGCAGGGUACCCUGGCGAAGACGAGCUCCCCUUCUACGCCAGGGUCCUCCAGGGGCGCAUCGAGCUCGACGACCCAGUGGGCUACCUGCGGCAGCAGAACUACGCGGCGGCCGACGACGUCGUCGACGCGGAAGCGCUGGAGAUUUACGCAAAGUCCGUGAACGGUCGUGUUGUGCAUGCUGCGCCGACCGUCGGCGCUGGCGCGCCCAUCCCUGUCAUCGAGUUCGGCGACGUUGGCGCGCCGCUGCUGUACAGAGUUGCGUUCCAAAUGAUUACUGGUCCAGACGGCCACUCGUCGCCCCACUGGAUCCUCGCCUGCUCCUACUACAUGCCCAUGGCUGCCCGACCGCCGCCAAAACCUCGGGCGCAGUUCUACGACCUGGAAGCAGGGGCGUCUGGUGGCAGCGAAGACGAGUCCGACGGGUCGCAGGGCGAUGACGUCGACGAGCUGGGCAACGUGGUCGGCCUCAUCGACGACGGCGACAACAGAGGAGACGACUCGGACGACUCCUCCAACAGGCGCUUCUGGGAGGACGCGCUGAGGGACCAGGAAGGCACCGCCACACCCGACGCUGGCGAGGCAGCGCAAGGCGCCGACUUGCCCGUGGCGCACUCGGAGGCCGAGGAGGCUGCAGGGCCCGACGAGCUCACCGCGGAGGAGAGACGGAAGGCACAGGAGGAGUGGGCCGACCAGCUGAUCUCCGAGGGGAUGAUGCAGCCGUGGGGCGAAGACGAGCUGUUCGAACCCGAGGGCUACGACCCCGACGACGACCAACUGCUGGACGAGGAUGACCUGCCGCUGUUCGACGUGGAGGACGCGCCAGACAUGCAGCUGGACAACGCGGGAGGCGAUGGCGAUGGAGACGCCGCCGAGGAGCCACCCCCGUCCGGGGCGGUGCGGAAGCGCCCUGCCGGCGCCAGCCAGCAGGAGGGGGGGCCGAAGCAGAAGAAGAGACGCCGGGGCACGGACUUGUGCCUCGGAGCAAACAGGGAGGACCACUGUGCGUGUACGCAACUGAUGGGCGACCAGGGCCAGGACAUCACCAGCGCGCUCAAGAGCCUCAUGCAGUACGACCGCCCCGACCUCGUCGACGGCGCCCUCGACUUCAUCGCCGCUGUGCUCGGCCAGGAGAAGCGCGACAAGUACAAGGCCAACGCCGAGCGCGCGCUCCAUCGCCAACGGAAGAAGGACAACCCGGUGCCCGCGACGGACCUCCAGAGGGAGUGGCAGGAGGCGCUCAAGCAUCGCGUGAGCGUGGUGCCGCGGCAGAAGAAGCAGACGCGCAGAGCCUACCCCACCUGGGUCAGGGACGACAAGAAAUUCCGGCGCAACAAGUUCAAAACCGCCCUGGACGACGACGUCGAGGACUGGGCGGAGCCGCAGGCCGUGGCCUUCACCAAGUGGGCGGAGCUCGCCUCCUGGGGCAUGUGCAAGAUCUGCAAGCGCCUGGAGAAGAGGUCCUUCGCGCCCGCGGACGUGGCGGCGGCGAUGAUGCGCCUCCCCGACGCGGAGCGCAAGAAGGGCCGCAAGGCUGGCCAGCGCAGCGCCUGGAUCAACAAGUGCAAGUAUUGCGCUAGCCCGCCAGAGAAGCGAGUGGGCUACCCCGCCGUCCAGAUCGAGGACAUCCCCGAGCCGCUGCGCCACCUCAGCGUGGCCGCGCUGGAGGCGUUGAGGCCGAUGGAGGUGUCCAUAGGGCCGCAUGCGCGGGCCGCACACGGAUACAGGGUCCACACCGACAUGAUCGGCUUCCGCUGGAAGGCCACCGACGUCCUGACGGCCGUGAGCGAGCUCCCCGAGCGCCACCAGCGCAGGGCCAUGGACGCCCUCGAGUACCUCGAAGCGCACGACGACCCCGCCGAGGAGGACUUCUCCAGCUGGGCCACGCUCACAGAAUACUACCUGGCCCAUCCUCAGAAGAGCGCGUACUUCGCAAUCAUGCGCUUGCACAACAGGUUCCUCCGCAGGAACCGCAACGACCUCUCGCAGAAGAAGCGCCGCCUCGCGAUGCGCCUCGUGGAGCAGCUCGGCAUCGAGACGGCCCUCUGGCCCCACCUGUACCCGAGGGUGUCUAUGUGCGAGACCUACGUCCGCCUGAUGGACGAGCGGCGGAUGCGCAGCUACACGGCCAAGGUCUUCUCGCCCGUGAUCGGCUACGGCGCCGACACCGAGCUCGCCCAGUUCGUCUACGACCUCUGGCUCUGGGCGGCACUGGGGGGCAAGAAGCACGCUGCCAAGGUGCCCAUGCGCCUGGCGCUGGCUGGCAUGUCCUUCAGCCCCGAGUACUGGCGCACCUACCACUUCGCCCUCAUCGACCUGCAGCGCCAGCUGGGCUUCCCGACCCUGUUCGUGACCCUGUCGCCGCUGGAGUGGUCCACGCCGUUCCACGUCUGGGUCGAGGACGAGAUGCGGCGGACGCUGCGAUCGCGCACUUGGCUGCCGGCCGCAGAGACCUACCACCUGUCGCACGUGCUCACCCAGGCCAUCGUCGGGCUGCUGACCGGGACCAAGGGGAAAGUCAACUCGAGGGAGUCUUCGGCGUGGACACACCACGUGCUUGCUGGCAAGGACGCCGAGGGCAAGCCGACGCAGCGCGUGAUCACGCAGUUCGCGCGCAUCGAGUUCCAGGACGGCAAGCGCAAGCGCGGCGGGCCCAACGCGCGGCACGCCUACCACGGCAGCGGCCGCCCCCACGUCCACUGCCUCGUCUGGCUGGAGAAGGUCGCCACGAUCGAUCUCCCCAGCAAGGUCUCCGCCACCAUCCCAGACGACGAGGAGCAGGAGCAGCUCUACCACAUCGUCAUGGGCUCCCAGACCUCCACGCACGGCUCCCAUCCGUGGCCUGAGCGCAAAGAGGAAUCCAUCUGGGACGAGCGGGGGAAGACGCUGAGGCUCCACCACACCGCCAGGGACCUGCACCACAAGCUCCGCGCCUACAUGCCGGCCGUCAUCGCGGGCAUGAAGUCCCACAUGGACGUGCAGACCUCCGAUGGCCGCGGCAUGCUCCUGCGCUACGUCUCCUCCUACACCGCCAAGUUCUCCGACCAGUUCUCCUCCGAGUGGCUCAAUGACGAGGCUUCCGACUACGCCAUCAGCCGCCGCAUCCUCACGGAGUUCCACCCGCUCGAGCCGGAGAUGUGGCUCCAGCUCGCCGCAGCGGAGUACUCCCAGGUCCUCACGCACGGCACCGUCAAGAACUUCCCCGUGCCCGUGCCGUGGAAGGGCAAGGAGAUGCCCGCGGUCGUCGAGCGCUACACGCACAGCGCCUGGCGACCCGACGACAUGAGCCUCCUGGAGUACGUGCGGCGCUCCAACAGCAGGGGCGGCGUACACCGCGCGCUCCGCCUGCGCUACGCCAACCUCCAGAAGGCGAACGACCCCUCCGUGGCCCACGUCGACCUGGAGACCUGGGCUGCACGCGUGCCCAUGCGCGGCGAGGUCCUGGUGGCGGCGCGCUCCAACUCCCGCUUCAGCGACGAGUACUACGGCCAGUGGAUGCUCCUCCACGUCCCCUUCCGCAGCGUGCAUGAGCUCUGGCAGGAUGCCGCGGAGCUCGUGCCGACGGGCUACAGGCUGUUCGCCCACUGCCUCCUCCACCGCCCUGACCUCUGGCGGAGCGAGGCAUGGUUGCGCUCCGACAUGGAGCUGGAAGCCCACCGCGACCCGACCAUCGACUCCAACGUGGCGAUGAUCAAGGCGCACAUCACCCUCGUCGACGACUACCUCGAGGGCCGCCUCGUGGUCGGGGAAGACCCCGAGCCGCCGCGACACCACUACGCCUUCGAUGGCCGCAUUACCACCCUCGAGCCCGAGCAGAUACCCGUCGCCGACCUCAUCACGAGGCGCUGGCACAGGGCGGUGGAGCUCGCCUGGCCCGACGACUACGAGGACCACAACUACGGCCCGUCCGAAGACGAGGACCCGCGCCCCAUCGCCGUCCUGGGGCCCGCGGGGAGCGGCAAGUCCUUCCUCAUCAAGGUCGUCAUGCAGGACGCAAUCGCCCAGGGCGCCCGCGUCCUCCUCGCCUGCCCCACGCGCCGACAGGUGGCGCGCUACCGCGAGGACAUGCCCGACCUCGACGUCGACAGCAUCCACAGGGCCUUCAACGUCUACCUCCCCGAGCAGCAGACGCUCCAGCGCAUGCAGGACUUCGACCUCGUUGUCAUCGAGGAGAUCAGCAUGGUCGAGAUGUGGAUCUUCGAGCGCCUCCUGCGCCUCUGGGACGCGGCCGCGCGGCGCCCUGCGCUCGUCUUCGUCGGCGACUUCCGACAGCUCCGCUGGAUGGACAGCCCGCGCGUCCUCGAGCACUGGCGCUGGGCCCACGUCGACGUGAGGGAACUCAAGAUCAUGCGCCGCUGCAAGUGCCCCACUCUCAAGAAGAAGCUCGAGCUCCUCCGUACGGCCACGCCGAGCAGGCCGCAGCUCGUGGAGAUCAUCCAGGACCAUCGCGCGCCUUCGCCCAUCCAUCGGGACGUGGGCUGGUGGGAGCGCGAGGAGCCCACGGAGUAUGAGAUCGGCCAGGUCUUCGAGGAGCACCCCACCACGACGUUCGUCACGAUCUCCAGGGCCAAGGCGGCGUGGGUGAACCAGGCAGCCUUGCGGCACUUCUAUUGGGAGCAGGAGCCGCUGGGCACCAUCGACGCCGACCCUGAGUUCAACCCGCGCAACUUCUACGGCACCAAGCAGGUGAGCUGGGCCAACAUGCGCUUGCCCAUCUUCGAGGGCAUGCGCGUGGGCUUCACCGCCAACAUUCGCCCCGAGAUCGAUUUCGUCAACGGCAUCGAAGGCCACGUCAUCAUGAUGGACCACACGGGCGUCCUGGUCAAAACGACCACUGGACACAUGGUCAAGGUCGCGCCAUACACCAACCAGGAAUGGCGCAACGUUUACUACCCGCUGCGACUUGCCUACGCCACCACCCUCAUGAAGGUGCAGGGCGAUACUCUCAGCCACAUGACACUCUGGAUGGACACGCCUGGCGCCGAGGCGGCGGGAUACGUGGCUCUCUCCCGUGUGCAGCGCGACAGAGACUGGAAGUUCGUGGGCUUCCUCAAGCAGAAACACUUCGUGCCCGCGCAGCUCUGA